GGUCGAGUGAGGUCCAAGUCGUCCAAGUCCAAGCCGCCGUUGUCGCUUUUUCGUCGUUUCAACUCUGGAUAUACAAAUACGAUCGGGCUGAUUAAAACGGUGUGCAUUCUAUGUAAAUAUGAAAGUGAUAACGUGCAGCGCAGUGCAACGACACGUUGAAGGUGACAUCUCGCGCACGUAUGGCUGAGCGGGUUCUGCAUGAAACCCCUCUGCAAAUCUGAUUAAAAGUCUCUUUAAAAGUGUACCAACUAGAAUACAUCAGCGAUGCUCUCUCCAAUUCAUCUGAACUGUGAAAAAAUAUGUGCAAGAAUUAGAAACCUUAGUCCCCCCCAUGCUUACUGAUCAUGCAUCACAAGCAGAGCGCAGAGAAGUAAGCGAAUAUUGAAGGUGCCCGAUGGUUUCCUGACGUGAUGGAAAGCAAAUUUUAUCUGAAUAAUGAGCCGGGACUCGAAGGGCAAUCAUACUCAACAACACAGUCAAAUAUCAUGACGACGGACGACGGUGGAGGGCCUCGAAUAUGUUUUGUCUGCGGCACCUUGUGCCACAACGAGCAGUACUGGCUGCGAGUGAAGCAGACUCCAGGUGCCGCCCCAAAUGAGCCCUUUUUCCCCUUCCUGGAGUCACACGAGCCGCCCUCUGGUUAUCGUGGCGAGGGCUCCAGAGCCGGAGCCAUUAAGGCCUGCAGCCUCUGCUAUACAAUUCUUCUUCAGCAAUGGGACAGCUACGAGCGCGAUGCGAGACCCCACAACCAGCGGAUCUAUUGGCUGAAAAGGUGUGACGGUGGUCCAUUCACGGGGGCGGAAAUGACCGUCCAGGGUGAAUAUGCGGCCCAGCUUCUCGGCCUGACGAACGAUCAUCCGCCGCAGGCGAGACCGGAGAACAGACCUCUUGGUAUUUCGCCGAGGCUGCCGCCGAAUUCGCCCUCGCCGAGAGUCGAACAAAGUAGACCGCCCUCGAACUCGAUGGAUCUUCAGAGGUCCCAUCUCAACACCGUCGAGGCGUCUCGGCAAAUUGAACAGGCCAGACUAACCAUGGAGUCGCCCCAUCAGAAGUUGCAGUCGCCACAUCAAAGAUUGCAAAGCCCUCGGCAGUAUGUCGAGGAGCAGAGAAUUUCCAAUGAGGCUGCGCUUGACCUGCGACACGCUCCGAGAAGUUCGCCGGUGCCGGCGCCCACCCUACCACCUCAGCCACAAGAAAUUUACGGCGGUGGUUCGACUUCUAGUACGGGUACAGAUAUUCUGGAUUUAUCGAUGCCUGACAAAAAUUCCGUGACCGAAGUCUGCUACGUGUGUGGAGAUGAAUUCAAAAGAGGCUCGCUUAGUCACAUAGCAGCAAAACCAUUGCCAACUCCACCGCAUCCUUCUCCCAGUCCACCGCCGUUUUUUCCCUCACUAAUGCUGCAUCCCAGACCUAGCAGAAGUCGACCAAUGGACAGUGCGGGUCGCGUUCAGGCCUGUUCCGCGUGCCAAAACCAUCUUAUACAACAGUGGAAGAAUUAUUCACGCCAGGGCGUUCCGCACAGCGAACGAGGUUACACUCUUCGAAAACGACAGGCGCCUAUGAUGGAUACAACCUUCAUCUGUUACACCUGCGCCUUGGAACAUCCAUCCUCCAGUAUUAGAUUGCUCUAUUGUUGUCCAAAUCCGGAAAAGGAGGCAUUCUACCCCUUUAUUUGUUCGAUGAGAGCUCCGCCGGGAGCAAGUCCGAUCAGUCCGCAAGGAAUGGUGCAAGUUUGUUCGCUCUGUUAUAAAUCUAUUCCUCAAAAGCACGAGGCGCAGCCGGCCGAGUUUCUUCGACAAGGUCAGUCGCCACGACCUGCAGCCACUAAGUCUCCAGCGAAUUCCGCAACCGGAAGUGAUAUUAGAUUCAAGCCCUACGAUUUAAACAAAUCGUCAACGUCGAGUAAACAACGAACGGCGAGUGUCAAGGGUGCGAGCUCCAGUCAACGAAAUUCUCCUAAUAACGGUCCUCCCGAAAAUGGCACUCUCGGCCAAAACUAUAGGUGUUACAUUUGCGAGAGGCUUUAUCCUCGCAAUCAUAUGGAAUGGUUAUCGACAAGUCCCGAAGGGAUGAAUUCGCAUGCAAUGCACUUUCCGUGUCUGAGAGGCAUGGCACGAACUUCGGAAAAUGCUUGUAUGGACAGUCAUGGAAGAGUGUUAGCUUGCAGCCACUGUGUUAAUCAUUUGGCGCAGCAGUGGGAAAAUAUGGAUGCUGAGAGAGUACCUUUGGAACGCCGAAGGUACGACAUUCCUAGUCCCCAUCCAAACGGCGACGUGAGUCGCUCGAUCGCCACACCGACAAGUUCAAGUUCCGAGCGAACUUUCGGCAGCAAUCCGGGAACGUCGAGCAGUUCAAUUUACUGUUUCCUUUGCGGUUUGCACAGCGAUCUCACUCUCGCGCGAGUAUUGUACGGACAUCCGCAAGGUCGCAAUGCUCCCUUUUUCCCGGAGCUUUUGCGUCACCAGUCGCCGACAAAUGCUGAACAACUUCGCGAAGACGGCUCGGCACUUGUCUGCACCUUUUGCUAUCACUCGCUUCUGUCGCAGUGGCGCCGAUACGAGUCUCUGACGGGUGGUCAGCAAGUCAACGCCCCGGACAGGCAAUACAACACGCAUGACUAUUGUUGCUACGUGUGUGGCAUCACCACCUAUAGAAAGCGAGUGAGAGCUCUUCCGGUGAAGGACUUCCCUUUUCUGAGGUACCAUCGACAGCCGGAAAAAAGUUUGCUGCUCGAGAAUGGCGACUUUGCGGUGGUUUGCUUGGACUGUUAUGAGACACUGAGGACACAGAGUCUCGAGUAUGAGAGAUGGGGUCUGCCGGUUGAGAAGAGGGAAUAUAAUUGGAUUGUUCAACCUCCACCACCUGAAGAUAGUCCGGAAGCUGCGAUCGCGAGACUGCCCUCGGGGGAACGUUCGGAGAAAGUGGUUCCAUCAACAUUAACUGUGAAACCAGUGAGGAAAAACUGUUCACCGAAGGUCCCGGAUAAGAAGAUGCCGCCCGUCAAAGUUCCAGAAAAAGAUCAAGGUACUUAUAAAAAUCUAAAAGAUCAAAUGUCCUACACCACCGAGAAAAAUAGUGGUCUUCAACCUGCAAGCACCAAAGCUCAACCGGCCUCGAUCGGAAAGUCUCACAGACCGAGUACCGGCGUUCUACCUCAGGGUCACACUCCAGGACCAGGUCCAGGAAGCCAGCAAAAUAGUAGAAGCUUCGCAGCAGCACUGAGAAAUUUGGCUAAACAGGCCGGACCUGCACCUCAGGAAGAGGAGCCGCGAGCUAGUCCCAAAAACCGCGCGCCACCUCCUCUUGUCCGAGGACCCUCUCCUGCAAAGGAACGAUCGACGCAUGAGCGCAGACCAGAAGAAAUGCCUUCUUUAUUUACAACUGCCAGGCCUGCCGAAACCAGCAAACAUAAUGUGACUGCCACAGCUUCUGAAUUACUGGCCCGAUCUGGUUUUCAACCUUAUCGGCCCGAACAUCAUCAGGCACAUGCACCACCUCCUUUUGCCCUAGACCCAUCAGCCUACAGUCCUUAUCAUCAUAGCCUCUACCCACCACCACACCUACAGCACGCUUAUAGGAUAGAAGAACAAUUGUAUUUGGAAAGAUGUGGUAUGCUAAGACCGCCCUUGUUUCCUGGUCUGCCAACGUAUCCUCUCUACGGUUUAGGAUACAGUCCUGAGAUGAUACGACCAGGAUCUCUGAGCAUGAUGUCCCCGGUGAUGCAUGAACGACUGAAGCUGGAAGAAGAACACCGGUUGAGGCAGGCACGAGAGCAGGCUGUAAUGCGGGAGGAGGAGGAGAGGAGAAGAUUAGCUCGAAAUUCAGCUCCUACAGCCCCAAUUGCAGCACCUGCGCCUGCAUCUGCUGAUACUGCAGCUAGGAAGCCGACCAUAGCGGCUCAGUUACACAGCGAGAGGGAGCGAGAAAGAGACCAAAAUCGAGAAAGAGAGAGGGACCGAACGAUCAUCAACUGCAAUAAUAACAAUAGCAAUAGCAACGGAGGCACCACAACCAGUAGUAGUUACCACCAGAGGAAGGAAGAUCAGUCCUCGGUUCCACAUCCUCCACCUCCAUCAUCAGACCCAUCAACGAGUCUCUACCAUUCUAGACUCUCCCAAUUUCCCAAUUCAGCAGCUCCAAUUGGUCCAUCAUCUCUGGGAUCUGCUCCCAUCUGUUCUGUCACUUCUGCACCUAUUCUUUCUCCCAUGGGCUCGAAUCUACCCUCCCUUAACCUUGGACCUCCACCAGUUAUCAGCUCAGCACCUAUCGGUCCACCUCCCAUGCCCUCGAUACCAACAAUUCCUUCAAUUGGACCCGGCGUUAUUGGUCCUCCAUCCCUGAACAUCCCUCUAGCUCCCAUCAUCUCCAUCCCGUCUCUUCACCUUCCCCCGGUACCAUCCAGUACCAUUCAUUCUAGUCAGCAUACAGCCACAAUUUUAAGUAGUGCAACUACCACGGCCAGUUCUUCCAUUUACCAACAACAACCCCUAUCAUCGCAACCCCAACAACGAACCAACUCCUCUGGAUGCACCACGACCAACACCCUGUCGGGAAGCGGGAUGAUGACCACCCAUGUGACGCACUCCUUAGCCACUCCUGGCACUUCUCCUUCUGGUAAUCAAAUAACUGGUGCAGGAAAGUCACCCCCAAUCUCUCACGGGAGUCACCCAAGGAGUAAAGAAUCGCCGUCAAUAACAACUUCAACGCCUGCAACUACAAUAGUUGCAUCUUCAGCAAUAACAACAACAUCCGCGUCCACAACUCAACCCACUUUUGUCAGACCUUUCGAAGAUUCCUUUCGUUCCACGACAAAAUUGCACCAGAGGCCAAUCGUCAACAGUCACACCCAGAUCAUUUCCAACCACCUAAAUCACCAGGAUUCCAUGAGCAGAUCCUGUGUCUCGAUUGCUCCCUCAAUCACCAAUAAAACUACCACGGAGACCUCUUCCUUCGACACUUCCAAACCCCAAGUUUCGAAUCACCAACAAAUUCAACAAAUGCCCUAUCAGCCACCUUUUCAUCAUCCCCACAUUCCCAUUUCUCACGUGCCAAGUCUCUACAAACCUCCCCAUUUUAGCACACUUCCGGCUCAUCAUCAAAGUCACCAAUCAAAAUUGAAUCUACACCCUCAAAAUUCCAAUGGAAAUGUCGAGACGAACAAUGGGGAAAAUUUAAAAACACAUCAGCCGAGCGAGUCUCGUGACACUGUAAACAACACUUUGCAGAGAAACGAAGCUUCAGCGAUCAGCAAUUCUCUCUCUGAAAAAGUCGCACCCUCCGCUAACUACUAUCUCAACCAUGUUGCUCCAGCUUCGAAGGUUUCCAUUUCCCAGAACAAUAACAACAACCUGGAGAAGGAGAAUAAGGAAAGUUUGGAGAACAGGGAGAAGAUUAAUCUCGAGAAGAAUCUGAAUCUGAGCCCGAAUCAGAAUCAAAAUCAGACUCAGAAUCAGAAUCACAGUGGACUGAAUUCGACGCCAGAGAAGACUGCGGCGCUACAAACACUUUAUGAUCCCACAAAAGAAGAUAAAGAGUCCAAGAAGGAGAACGAUCUGAAAAAUGAUCAGAAUACGGUCCUCUUCAAUUCACCGUUUCAACCUUCAUUUAAGUUUAGUUUGAACGAUAUUGCGCAGAAGUCUAUUGACACUGUCCAGCUGAUGCAGAGCAUCCAGUCCGAAAAAGUGUUGCGUACCUGCCAAAAUGUUUCGAAUGUUCUUCUUCAGAUUCCCAAGUAUCAGGAGAAGCUUUUGAAUUUUUCCAGCAGUGACUUGAAGACGUUCUGCGUCACUGAUAAGUGCAAUAAUUUAACGGAGAUUUCGAUGAGCUAUGAGCCAGCGGUGCUGAACGUACCGGAUCUUAGUAAGGCGCUCGUGAAAAAAGAAGAUGUUGAGAGCGGAAAGCCAUUCCUCGUGCCUCAGAGUCCAAAAAAGUUGACGUCCUCUCUCGAUCUGGCUGAGAAGAGGAGAAAGAGAAAAAGAGGGAAGAAAAAUGGAACUUGCAAUUCGGAUUCGGACGAGGACGAAGGCAAGGAAGUUGAUCUCUGGAUCACCAAGGGUCCGCCUUCCAAACUUCAGUUUUCCGAUGAGAAGCUGUCCUUUCUUUCCAUAUUUGGACUCACGACUCUCAGCACGAAAAAUGAAAUUGAACUCUUCAAAGUGGAGAAGAGAUAUAGAUUGAAUCCGGAUCCACCUGAGCCGCCUUUGAGAGCCGAACCAGUGAUCGAAUCAGCUUUGCCAAUUCCUAAAGAACAUCCGGAUGUUCUGCUUCAUUCGAAAGAUUUUGUGCCGAAAGUUGGUUUCCUGAAAAAUAUUGGCCUGGAUAUAAUGCCUCCGAGCAAACGAGAUGAAGCAGAAAUUACGUGGCAGUAUGUACUGCAAGAUCGGAAAAAAAGAAAAAGUACAAACACCGUAACUGCCUACUGUGAUCGGAUCGCCAAAGUUUAUUCGAUUAAUCCCCCCUCAGCCCCAAAACCACCGCAGAGGAUGAGACUCCUCGAUAAAGUUAAAGUGAAACACAUCUCGUUGAGGCCACCGCCGCUGCCACCUUUGGUUUCUAAUAUUUUACAGCCAAAAUAUUUUCCGGGCCUUCCGAUGCCAGGUGAAAAUGGUGUCAAACAGCAUUAUAAAAUUACGGAAAUCAGUGAUGAUCAUGAUGAUGAUGGUGAUGCUGAUGAAGUGGCUAGUGUUAAGAGCGAUAAGACCAGGUGGUCCGGAAUCGAGGAUGUGAUUCAUAGAUACAGGGAUUAUCAAAAAGAAAAGGCAAUGGAAAAGAAAAUCAUGAUGGCUCAAACUUCAAAGUUGGCGGCCCAAACGAAUAGUUUGAGAUCCGAAGCGUUGCAAUUGGAGCGAAGAUGGUACGAGCUCGUGGAUAUGAGGUCAGCCCUAGAUUCGGAAAAGCGUGUUCUGACUCAAAAAAUCGAAAGGAUCAACGCACUUGUCAGGGCCCUGAGGUAGCGAUACGCAACGCACAACACGGAGAUAAAUUCAUCUGUGAUAUUAUCAAAGGGUUAAGGGCCAUUGGCUUACAAAUCGCCUUUAAGGGAUGAGAAAUUCAUUCAUGUACAGUGUUUUGUUUUUAUUUACUUUUUAAAAAUAUCAAUCUGCGUACCAAUUUCACAUAAUAAAUCAAAACUACUCGCAGCUCGAGACAUCAGAAAAAAUUAUCGAAAGAAUACACUCAACUCUCGAUAUAAGACCGGCUUCAGACAUGGCUUGUCUUGACCUUGGACCUAAAUCGGGGGAGUCCAAACGUAAAUAGACAGGGUCGCAUAGCGCAACCUGAAUCAACUACGAAACUGUGGAGAUCUUCAAUUCUAGGAAUACCAUAAACCGGAGGUUCUUAUAUCGGGAGUUGAGUGUGCAACAAUUUUUGUAUUCUCAAGCUUAGUUGGACUACAAAACAAAAGAAAGAAGAAGCGUGCUGUGAAAUGCGAUGUUAUAUGGUACUUAUACGAUGAUUUUUCAUGUUGAGACAGGGUUUCUAACGUCCUGAAAAUCCUUGAAAACCUGGACAAGUCCUUGAAUUUUGCUCAUAGCUCGGGAUUUUGUAUUCCCUUGAAGAAAAAAUUGCUGAACGAAAAGAGACUGCGGAACUGUUUUUUGAUAGGUUCAUGUAUAUAAUAAUUCAUAAUUUCGCCAUUUUUUUAAAUACAAUUUUUUGCUGUCAAUAUAUUGAAUGUAAGUUCAAUCCCGCGUGUAAUAAGUUUUGUUUUUAUUAGAAAUUGUUGAAAUUUGAC